CACUUCUCUAGUUGUUGUUGCAGCCGUAGCCGAGCCGCAUUCAAGAAAAACUAAUUUUGAUUGGAAAGUUUCACUUACCUGUUUUUAUAACUAUUUCUAUAAAAAGGAAUAAAAAUAACUAGACAUGACUUCUCAAAAAAGUACCAGAGAAGUAUUGCUUACUUGCAUCGACGAUAUCGAAAUCAUCGCAAAGGAACUUUUGGACAACUUAAUAGCCCAGAAGCAGCAGAAACCUAUGAGUACUGAACACUCUCAACUUGUUGAAUUGGUUCUUCAAAAAGACACUGAUCUUAAGGCAACACUUAAGUUGGCUGAAGAACAAGGUGUAUUACAACAAAAAGUAGUUGCCUUAGAGACAGAAGUUGAAAGGCAUGAUGUUGAGAUUCGAAAUCUUCAAAAGCAGCUUAAGGAGGCAGAGCAGCUAUUAGCUACUGCAAUCUUUCAAGCUAAGCAAAAGUUGCAAUCAAUCACACGGGCGAAUAACAGACCUGUAAAUUCCGAAGAGUUGAUAAAAUUUGCUCACAGAAUAUCGGCUUCCAACGCUGUUUGUGCUCCUUUGAAUUGGCAGCAAGGAGAUUUACGCAGACCAUAUCCCACGGAUAUUGAAAUGCGGCUAGGAUUUUUGGGCCGUCUUGGUGAAAUGAAUGUCAAUGGACACAUGAGUUUUCCAGAACUUUUGCAUCGUCCUAAUCAUUCUUUGCAGCAGGGGUCUUCAGUUCCGAAUUCUCAAGCAGGCACUUAUAGUUGGUUAUCUCAAAAUGACCUGCAAAUGCCCUGUUUGUCAGUUUCACACUUGGGUGUGAGUGGUGGAAUGGAUCACAAAAAUCCCAAGAAAGAGAAUGAAGAUGUCGACGUUAUGUCUACGGACUCGAGUAGCAGUUCAUCUUCCGAUUCUCAGUAAACACGUGAGCUAACAAUUUACACUCUGUAUCCUGCGCGAUUGCUUAAUAUUGUUGGUAACCAUCCUGUAUACUAUUCUACUUUCGCAUUUCUUUUUGAAAACCUUCCUCAUUCAAAGGUUCGUAAAAUAGAUAAAUAUUUGUGCAA